AUGUGGUCACGAACGCGUUUCUUGGUCCUGGCGUGGACGCUCGGUUUGCUGGUGGCGGCUAGGGUCAGCGACGGUUCCCAGAGGCCUCGUCUCGGCGGCGCUGUGAAUAUCUUCAGCCGUUACGGUUACCUGAGCAUCAGCAUGAGAGUGUUGCCCAGAAACGACACGGACACCUGGAUAUUCCGUGAACCGACCCUGGACGUUUUCACGAAUCCAGUUUCGGCGGUUAGCCGACAACGACAGCAGACAGCAGUCUUCGAUGGUGACUUCCAUAUGGAGUUCUGCGACAACAUCCGUCAGCUAUUGCAGGCGUACUUCCGGGAUUUCACGUUCGAGAGACUGGAAAGGCCGUGGCGCGCGUUCACCGGCAGCUGGUCGAAGGCGGCAAUCGCCAGGCAUCUGGGAAUAAACGCCUCCUUCAUCACCGGGGAGCAUUGCUACGUGCUGGUCCGAGUCGCCAGGUUCCGGGAGAACCAGAAACUGGCUGGCACCGCCGAGUCGAUGAUCCUCGACGAGGCGGUUUUCCGGGAAACGAAGAACGUCACGGUCGGCGACACCGCGAGCGUCGUUCGAUUCAUCAAGAACUUCGGCUCCCACUAUAUCGCCGGCUACGUUACUGGCAAUUCGUUGUAUCAGGUGUUCGUCUACACGCCCCAAGCGUACCUGCGCAUAAAGGAGCGCCUGAAGACACGCGGUGUGGCGAACCUGUCGAAUUUCGAGUUAAGUAAUUACUUCUCGCCGUGGUACGCCGAGCACAUCGGCGCGAUCCAAACGGCGAGCGGAAACCGCACCGUGGAGGCAUGGGCGGUGGAACGACUCCGUAAUCAAUGUUACAUAUUCUCACAUGCCAGCCUGCUGAAAUUGCACGGGGACGCGGUCUUGUUGAAGCAGCUCGAUGAGCUGCUCGGCAACGAGGCGCUGUUGCAGCUGCAACUGCGGACGCUGGCGCCGAUCUUCAACGACACACAGCGACGCGAGUGGUUCCUCGAGGUGAUCGACAAUUACUUUAAGUUAUGGGAAGUGAACAUGUGAGAGGACGUGUGUGCGGUU